AAAAUGCUUCAAGAUUCUUAUUUACAAAAAAGUCAACCUAUCUGAGAUUUUUAAAAAAUCGAGCAUUGAAGAUAACUGAUUCGACACCAAUCUCAAGUAUCAUGUUGUCGAUGCCAAAGCGCUUCAUCACAGGUAUAAUGGGAUUUUUGGCAAUUGUUGUUGCCAUCACAAUGCGAGAAUGCUUAUCUGUAGCUAUCACCGAAAUGGUGGUCCCACUUAAAUCAUUUGGUAGAAAAAAUGAUUCCAUCAUUUGCCCAAUUGAUAAUGCUUCAUCAGUGCGGAACAGUAAUUAUACGUCAAUGGAUGGAACUAGAUACAAUUGGUCGCAGGAACAACAAGGCUGGAUUCUUUCAUCAUUUUACAUAGGAUAUGUCAUUUCGCAUAUUCCCAGCGGCCUUUUGGCUGAGAAAUUUGGUGGAAAGUGGCCAAUGUCCCUAGCAGUCUUAAUAUUGGCCAUUUGUACAAUUGCAACACCAAUGGCCCUUCAAUAUGGUGGAUAUGAAGUAUUCAUAGUAUUACGAAUUUUAAUGGGAUUGUCAUCAGGCACAACGUAUCCGGGUCUUAGUGUGAUUCUUGCAGCUUGGAUUCCGCAAAAGGAGCGUUCUAAACUUGGCUCCAUUGUGCUGGGUGGUGGUCAAGUAGGAAGUAUCAUGUCCUUUUAUGUAACGGGCCUACUUUUAUCGAUUUGGCCAUGGCAAUACAUAUUCUACUUCUGGGCAAUCAUUUCAAUUGUGUGGUUCAUCAUAUUUACUUUAAUUUGCUACAAUGACCCAGCUUCACAUCCUUACAUAUCCAAAGAAGAGCGUGAUUAUCUCCAUAAAGAAAUAGGACAAUUAAAACGUCAUGACGUUUUGACAACUCCGUGGAAGGAAAUACUCUGUAGUGUCCCAGUUUUGGCGUACAUCUGUGCACAGAUUGGCCAGGAUUUUGCCGCCUUUAUAAUGUCCAAUGAUUUGCCGAAAUAUAUGAAAGAUGUCUUGGGAUUUUCAGUGUAUGAUGUCGGUUUUUAUUCGUCAUUGCCAUACUUCAUAAGAUGGAUAAUGUCCAUAGUGUCAGCGUUCCUAUGCGAUUUCUUGAUUAAUCGAAACUACAUUUCAAUCACUCAGGCGCGCAAAAUGUUCACCUUUGCUUCCGGGGUAAUUCCUGCAAUUUUCAUCGUUGCCGCUUCUUACGCGGGCUGUAAUAGACUCCUUGUCGUCUUUUGGUUUGUUUUGGCGAUUGGCUUCUUUGGCUGCUAUUAUACUGGUUUCAGACUUAAUUCUUUAGACUUGGCUCCAAAUUUUGCUGGCUCAUUGAUGGCUCUUACCAAUGGAAUUGGCGCACUGACCGGAAUAGCGGGCCCCGUUUUUGUUGGUGUGAUGACACCAAACUCAUCGCUUGAAGAAUGGAGAUACGUGUUUUGGGUUACAUUUUGCAUUUCGAUGGUUAGAAUUGUUAUCUAUAUGAUAUGGGGAUCAGCCGAAAUACAAUCGUGGAAUGAUCCCAGAGAAUCGAAAAGUUCGGAAAUAAACACCACGAAAGAAGAUUUGUUAAUCAAAACAUAA